UGUUUUUUUUUUUCAGCUUAAAAGAGCCAGAAGCAUCGUUCUGUUCUGCGCGCUGUGAAGUUUUAAGAAGCUCCGAGAGAAAAGCGAGUCUCGCGCAUCCCAGCUCGCGAAGAGGAAUGUCGACUAAGAUGAGCAACAGUGCUGCGAGCCCCAUGGCAGCCAGCAGCACCUCGAUGGCAGCGAGAGGAUCCGGAAAACCCAUCAGUUUCAUACCAGAGCUGCAAAGCAUGAUGUUUGCGCUGGGUGACUCUCGGAAACCCCUGCACGAAACGGCUGCUCUCGUCGAAGACAUAGUUCACACGCAGCUCAUCAAUAUGCUCCACCAGGCAGCCGAGGUAGCUCUCCUCCGAGGAGCGAGGGUCAUAUCACCAGAGGAUAUCAUCUUCCUCAUGAGGAAAGACAAGAAGAAACUGCGAAGACUUCUCAAGUACAUGCAGUUUCGAGAUUUCAAAUCCAAACUGAUGAAAACCCUUGAAGAUGAGGAACCGCUGGACUCAGACAAAUUCUCCAGCAGCAGUACCAACAAGAGGCAGAAGCUGGCGCUGGACUUUCUGGGCUCCAUCGACCAGACAGGGGAAUUUCUGACACUGCUAGAGGAUGAGGAGGUGGAUGAAGUAAAGCAGGAGAGGAUGGAGAGACUUGAAAAACAGACAAGGAGCAUGGACUCUUCUCAAUAUGCUGAUUUCUGUGAGAGCCGACAGCUCAGCUUUUCUAAGAAGCUUUCCAAAUUUCGUGAGUGGUUAGACUGCAGCAGUCUGGACCUGAAACCCAACGGGGUCUCCUUGGAGAUCCUGUCAUAUCUGGCCUAUGAAACGGUCGCCCAGAUUGUUGACCUUGCCCUGCUGGUUAAACAGGACAUGACCCCCAAAACAGGUGACCCGUUCAGCCAUGCCGUAUCAGCCACUUUUCUGCAGUACCACAGCUCCAGUGCUGAGGCCUCAUCUGCCAAAAGAGAGAUGGAUUCCCCAGAGAACACACCUCCUUCCACCCCAAGCUCAGGUCAUCAGACUAAACUGCACUCCCUGACCCAGGGCAAUGGCACACUGUCUCAGGACUCCAGCAGCAAGAGCAAACAGCGCAAGAGGAAGAAGAGCGCAGCAGCGUGUGGCGCGGAGGCUCAGAGCAGUGCCAUCCAGCCCGGCCACAUCAGAGAGGCCAUCAGGCGCUACAGCCACAAGAUUGGCCCACUCUCCCCCUUCUCAAGCGCCUACCGCCCGAACGGCAUGACUUUCCUGGCCUGCUGAAGAGAAGCGACAGCCUAAUGAAGGAAUGAAGUAAAGUGCCGUGUGUGUCUCAGAGCUUCUCCAUCACCUCAUCUGUCCAUCCGCUGCUGCAGCUCAGGCUGAGAGCAGCACUGCAUGUUCAGCUCUUUCACACUCCGGCUAGCCGUGCUCGCUUCCACUGGGAAACUGGAAAACUCACCACAGAGCAUUUAACUGGUGCCUGUUUACAUCCAGCAGCAGAUUUUCAAUCCCUUUAAUUAUUCACAUAUUCCACCAUGUGUGCCUGAUUUUCUUAUUGCCAGACGUUAUUUUAUGGUUUUGUUACACUUGAAGUCAAUUUUGUACUUUGUGAGACAGUAAUUACAGAAUGGAUCAUAUUGUACAAUGUUCUAGUUGUAUGCAUCAUGAUCUUGUUUGUUUGUUUGUUUGUUUGUUUGUUUGUUUGUUUUAUACUUACCAUUGUUUUUCAGUCAUUUACCUUCAAACAUAAUUUUGUAGCCUGGUCACUUUCAAAAAAAAAUAAAUGGCUCAGAGGAAAGGUAAUAAAUUUGGGCUGAGAUUUUGCCUUUGUUGCCAGAG